AUGACGGAACGCCGGCCCCCAAUAGCUAGUCUGGAGGAGUUGGACCAGGCGCGGAAUGGUCAUGUUUCGGGUGACAACCCCAGACCCGACGAGUCGCUGCAAUCAUCGUCUGCUUCGAUCGACAAGCCCGAUGACCGACCGGCCGCUUCCAAACCAUCGACCGCCAAACCAUCCCUGACGACCGACAUGACCGAAGCCCAGGCCUCCCUUCGCCAGGCAUACCCCCACGUUUAUAGUUCCUCCCGCACAUCGUCGACUCGAACAUCGUCGAGUUCUCUACAGGCCUUGAACGAAGAUACCGUCGUCGAUGCCCGGUCGGACCUUGGCAAUAUCCGACGCAGCCCCCGGAGGACCUCUCGAAACUCCGACACGCAAGAUUACCCCGUCUACCCCGAUCAAUCCUAUGCCGUCCUGCAGUCUCAAGUACAUCCGACCUGGCAACCCCACCACCUACGGUCGCGAAGCUCCUACCCGUCCCAUACCGACGUUCCCGCUCGGUUACCCUUUCCCCGGGUGGCUCGAACUGCGGGCAACACUCCAGUGUCGAGCCCAGGGCUGUUCUCGAUGAGAAGCUCUCGCUCGACACCGCCUUUAGGAUCCGACGAUGAGGCUGGGAUAGGGAGUCCAUACCUCCAUCCUACUCAUUUGCAACCGCCGAAAGAAACCCAUACGGCCGAAGUGGAUCGGGAUUUGGUCACCGGAAACAAACUCAUCAAUCAAUACGAGAUCCUCGAGGAGCUGGGACGCGGAGAGCAUGGCAAGGUGAAACUGGGCCGCCAUGUGACCACCAAACAGAAAGUCGCCAUUAAGAUUGUACAGCGUUAUUCGAAGCGUCGUCGGUUGGGCAAGCUGGGCAACCCGGAGGAUAAGGUGAAGAAAGAGGUGGCCAUCUUGAAGAAAGCCCGCCAUCCCAAUGUCGUCAGCUUGCUGGAGGUCAUUGACGACCCCAACCGGCAAAAAGUUUAUAUUGUGUUGGAAUAUGUCGAGAAUGGCGAGAUUGUGUGGCGGAAAAAGGGUCUCCGAGAGAUUGUUCAUGUCGAUAAGCUGCGGCUUGAGCGGGAACUGGCUGGGAUUCCUGACACUCCGGCUUUUCUGGAGGAGAGCCACCAGUUCAUUCGCACUGCCCAGCAUUUGCGUCGACAACGAGAGAAGGCACGGGAGCGGGUUGAAGCGCAGGCCGCGGACGCUCAGCAAGGCCCGAUUCCGGCUUGGAGUUUGGAACAUGGGGCGGAAUCUUCAGAAGAGGAAGACGAGGAUGGCGGAGUGGCGAUGAGGCGAUCAUCCAACCGCUCUGUUGCCGUUGUGGAUAACCAGAGCUCCCCGAGCCCAUCUUCCGCCCACGACUCGUCUCUGGCUGCACUCGAGGGGAGCAUGUACGGCACCUACACGGACUACCCCUUCGAACGGCGCUUCAGCACGGCGUCUAGCAGUUUUGGGUAUGCUCCGUCUGAACCUGAGUGGUCCGCGGAUGGCGAUGACAUGUCGUAUGUCCCGUGCUUGACCAUUGCCGAAGCCCGCAACGCAUUCCGGGAUUCGGUUCUUGGGCUGGAAUAUCUGCAUUACCAGGGCAUCAUCCAUCGUGACAUCAAACCAGCCAACCUCCUCGUCACCAGCAGUCACCGGGUCAAGAUCUCCGAUUUCGGUGUUUCUUACCUGGGGCGACCCAUGCGGGAUGAGGAGGAAGAGCAAGUGGGUGAGACUGAUGCUGCCGAGUUGGACGAUGCCCGUGAGUUGUCCAAGACGGUUGGCACUCCUGCUUUCUACGCCCCAGAACUCUGCUACACUGGAGACGAUUUUGUGGACACCAUUGGAUCGGUGCCCAAGAUAACCGGUGCAAUCGAUGUCUGGUCUCUCGGAGUUACAUUGUAUGGGAUGAUCUUUGGCCGUCUGCCAUUUGUCUCAGAUGAUGAGUACAGCAUGUUCCAAACGAUUGUCAAGAAAGAGGUCUUCAUUCCGCGCAAGCGUCUGAUCCCCGUUCGGGAUGAGUCCACUGGUGUCGGCCAGUGGAACCGACGGAACACUGAUGAACUCGUGUACGAAGACAUCGAUGAUGAACUGUACGAUCUUCUCCGGCGGUUGUUGACAAAGGACCCGAUCAAACGAAUCACGCUCAAAGAGAUCAAGCAUCAUCCCUGGACCCUUCACGGUCUACCCAACCCCCGACUGUGGGUGGAGGAGACUGACCCUGGCUGGCAAAGCAAGGGCAAAAGGAUCGAGGUGUCCAACGAAGAAGUCACCAGCGCCGUCAGCAAGGUUCCUUUUAUCCAACGCGUUCGAUCCAACGUGGCAAAAUGGUUCUCAGGCCGGUCCAAGGACAAAGAAACACGCAAGCGCCCAUCAAGUGCUACGCCGUCUUCGGAAAAUCUUUCUAUCGCGUCCAGCAGCAGUACAUUUGGGAAAGCCUCGCGCCCGUCCAGCCUGCGAGGAGACGAGGAGCCCUUCCGAGUAUCGAGAUUCGGCGGCCAAGGCGAACACCCGCUGGCCCAAAGCGUCACUGCCAGUCCAGUGGACGAAGAGGACUGGAACUCUUACUUUGAUGCCGGAUUAGCACCGGCGAUCAAACCUGCUCCAGUUCCCCGGCCCGGCCCUCCCAGACGUGCCAAGUCCUCAAUGUCGACCACAGAAUCCACAAAGACAGUACGGCAAUCCAGCUUCGAUUCACCGCCGGGCGCGUGGCCACGCAUGGGUGCACCCUCAAUCCUCGAAGCCCUGGGGACUACCAACUUUGGUAGCCUCUUCAGCGGGGCUACUCGACGGGUAUCGCGGGGUUCGCAAACUGGCAAUAACAGCCGGCGCACCUCUUUCUCCAACGAGUCAGCAUCUUUGGAUGGAGAUCGUCGGUCUGAGCCGAGUCUUGCCGUGAGCAAUGCCUCGGCGGUUGGCCAGGUUCGAAGCGCUGGUCUAUGGCAGAACGAAACCCCUCCACCGGCCAGCGGCCUGGCUCCUCCCGUCUCGGGGCACAGACGCAACCGAUCCCAGCAGCUUACAGGUAAAUCCUCCGCAGAAUCAUUCCACCUUACCAAGGAAGCGCUCCUACGGCGCAGGAGGAGCGAUCUCGAGCCCACCGUCGAGCGUAGCUCUUUGGCAUCCCGAGUCGAAAGCGCCAUGUAUUCAAGCGACUCUCUCAGUUUACAACCAGUCGCUCCUCCGGCGGAUUCCACGGGGGCUGCCGACCCCCCCAGUGGUGGCCUCACUACAUCGACCCCUUCCGCUGCGACAAUAUCUUCCUCAUCUGCCGACGACUUUACUAGCGGGAUGUCGCAGAGCGCUUCUCAUCCCAGCAUCCCGUCGGUCAUGUCAGGUGCUUCUUCUCUUUCGGGUGAUGGUAUGUACUCUCAGUCCAAGGACAAGGACUCAGACGACUCGAAUCAAGUACCAUCCAUUCUUCGCACGGGUGAGACCGUCAAGGCACACUGCCCCAGCUCUCCGCGACUAUCGGAAGAAGACGAGUCGAGAUACUACUGCGAUGACGAAGAUGAGGACGAGUCAGAAGACGAAGGUCUUGUCAUUGGGAAGCGAAAAGCACCUCCCAGGGCCACGAAUCUGCCGACACAGGCUUCCACCUGA